GGGGACAACCUAAAGUGUUACAGCAGCUAAUUAAUCACGACAGUAGUGACAAUUUCCUCCUGAUCGACUUUCACUUGUGCCUAAACUUACUUGUAACCAGCAAAUGUUUUGUACAAAAUGUUUUUAUAUUUGUUAGUACAGUGAAUGAAAAAUGUACAGUGGAAAAAAAAAAACACAACACUGUCCUGUUUAAAACAAUGUUUAUUUCAUCACUUUGUAUCCUCCUCUGUCAGUGUUGUCCUCUUAAAAGGCUCUGCAUGGUCAAUCCAACAUCUAGCAGUGGCCGUACAGCAUUAAAUAAAUUGGUCCGAACCGCACAACUCCCAGUGAUUCAGGGAUCAUCUCUAUAGCCAUCCAGCUAAUUUCCGAGCAACUGGCUAAACUGAAAAGACAAGAUCUUAUCUCUACUGAGAUGUCGGAGUCUGUUUCCCGGUGCUUGACAUAGGAGCUCAGCCAAAACAACAUGAAGUACAAAGGCUGCAUCUCCAUCACAAAUCUCCCCAUUUGCCCCCACAGCAAAAUUAGUCUACAUUUAAGGCUAUUGUUUAUUUGUGUAUUUCACACUACGUUGAAGUAAAAAUGCUUGUAUGGAUGUCAACCCCAAUACAUGUUCAUGUCAUCAAUCAACUGCAUUACAGGUUAAAAAAUGACUUUAACUUCCACCUCUGAUUUCUGUAUGCUAGUGUGUGUGUGUGUGUGUGCCAAUCCAGCGUCCUUCUCUCCCCCCACGGUCUUCAUUCCAUUGACCUCUUCACCCUUCUAUCCCCAUUUACCUCCCUGAUCUCUUUCCAGGAGUUCAAACUAAUUUUUGUGUCUUAGAAAUCCCUAGACAAGGUAUCAUAAAUAUGUUUUUUAUUUGUGAACUUGUUCUGAUAGCCUGUCGUCAAAGUUCUACAUUUUUGUUGUCAAGGAAGUUAAUUUAUGUUUAUACAGGAUGUACCUCCCCACCUACCGUCAACCAAUCAUGUCAAUCCGGAGCUAUAUGGAGCUAUUACGGAUCCCUUCGCGUUGUUACGGAAUUUGGGAGGCGCACGGCAUCGCCAUAAGGAGCUCGAUUUGGCCUCAUCCAGCCUCCAGAGGCACUGCAAUUGAGUCACACUCUUCAUAUUGAGACUCUGGGCCGCAUGCCAGAUCAAGCUUAAAUUGGCUUUAAGGCUGAAACAAGGCUUAAAACUAAUUUAUGCUUGCUCCAGCAAUAUGAGCUGGAGGCCCCGUACGGAGGGUGUGACGCAAUGGCGGAGGCUCCGGAGGCUUGAGGAGGCCAAAUCGAUCUCCGUACUGCAUCUCCGUGCUCCUUGACGAAAGGUGAGGGCUGGAGGUCCUGCAUAAACACAAACUCACUUCCUUGUCAACAGCUCUACUCUGCUCCACGAAGUGAUGUAUGGCCACUGCAGAUGUCGGGUUGACCAUGCAGAGCCUUUUAGUUGUAUGUACAUGCUUGUGUUUAGGAAGAGUCAGAGUUUUUAGAGCUAAGUGCACUUUUUGGCUAGGCUACAGAUGGAUUAAUACUUAAUUGUUCCGUUUUUUUUAAUAGAAAAUAUUGAUUACUUUUUACUAACUUGCUGUAGUUGAUCUUUUCUACAAUUACUAAUAUCUAAAUAUCUGAAUUACAGAUUUUAAAUUUGAAACAAAAAAAAUGUUUGUUUUUUUCAGAAAUAUUUUUUUUUGUCAUAUAUUUUACCAGACAUUGUAAAUAAUGAUACCCUAAACAAGCCACGGCUUAGUGUAUAUUGGAGAAUUCCAUAAUGGGGAUGUCUGUAAAACCCAUACCUUUUAGGUAUGUACAGUUAUGUUGAUGAGUGUCACCUAUGUCAUCUACAGGAAAUGUAAACCAUAAACAUUUUUUUAUUUUUCCCUACAAUUUUCAUUCUCAGAAAAGACAUCUGGUAUGUAUUAUUCGAGGAGUUAAUGAUCAUAAUGAUAAUGAUGAUGAUGAACACACGCGCAAUUUCUUGAAUAGCUGGACAAUUCCGCUAGGGGGAACAAGUACUUGUGAAUAGAGACUGGAAUAGGGAGGGGGAAUCCCGAGCGCCAUAAAACAGCCCCCGCAACACUGGCACUUCAGCCAGGGCACUACUUUUAACAGAACUGCGCGAAUUUAGCUGUGAACCUCUUCAGUUCUGAGGGAGGUCCUCUAUUCAUUCAGGACUAGUGUGGACCCAGCAAACACACAACGUUGUCUUAACGUUGACUCUCUAUAAAUGGAGUCUCACAGACACGGAGUGAGUGGCUCUUCUCCAGACUUCAGUAGAAUACAACAGGGCUACAACAUGCAGCAGCCUAGGCCUGGUCCCAGAGGCAGCCCUCGACCUCACAGCGACAGCAGCAGCAUGUUCGGGGUUAGGGUACAAGUUCAGGGAAUUGAGGGUCUUCCUUACGUUGUGUUGAACGGGGAUAGUAGAGCAGCUCUGCCAUCUGGUGGCCUGGAGAGCUACAGCAGGAACUGGGACCACCAGGAAGUGUUUGUCAAUGCCCACAGCCAGUCUGAGUACACCUUCAUGGUGAAUGAUGGGCGAUCUUCAUUCGGUACUCCCAAUGUGGAGCGAUCUUCAUUCGGUAGUCCCAAUGUGGAGCGCAGACCUCCCAACCACCAGAGGGAGUAUGCUCGUGGAGGUGCUCUGACUGAGGUUAAGGAAUCACAGAGGAUUCCGCUGGCGUCCGCUGCGUUCAUGUUCGACUUCCAGGAGUCACAUUUACAGCAGUCACAGAGGACCGUGCCGACAUCUAACACAGUGUUGAACUUCCAGAGACACCCAGAGCUGCUGAAACCCUACAACCCAGAUAGGAACAGCCUCAGCCCCCUCCUAGCCUCCACCCGAAGACUCUCUGUUCCGCCCACUCAGACAGCCUCUGUACCUAGGCCGGGACAUCUCACCACAUCUCUCCAGAGUGGGGCAGAGGCCACCCUGAUCCAGGCAGCAGGGUCUAGACCAGGAGCAGCCAGGAUCCCUCUGCCUGCUGGGGGUGUAGAGUGGGCCCCCACCCCUGUCUCGACCACCAGCCAAACCCAAUGCCCAGGCCCUGUCUCAGCCCCCACCCAGGCCCAAUGCCCAGGCCCUGCCCCUGUCUCAGCCCCCACCCAGAUCCAAUGCCCAGGCCCUGCCCCUGUCUCAGCCCCCACCCAGACCCAAUGCCCAGGCCCUGCCCCUGUCUCGGCCCCAGCGCCCCACCACUCUUCUUUGGCCACCUUACUAAGCCCCCCAAACGAGGUCACCAACAUCCCCAGAAGAUACCCAAACUCAGUGUACACAGAGCCCAUCUCCUCCAUAGGUAGCCUGAUCAACCAGUUCGACAGCCCCCAACAGAUGGGUCGAGCUGGGCCUAGGAGAGGGAGGAUAGCCCCUGAGGACCGAAGGAGGUCACGUAGCGUGGACAGCAGACAACAGUGUCACUCAUACCCAUUGGACCCCUCCAGCCCUGCCUCGUUCAUCAGAGGGGCCAGGGGAGAGACUUCAGGAGGAUCCACCAGCGCCCCAGGGUCACCUAAGGUGAGAGGGGCCAACGGACCCUCCACUGUAAUGUUUAAUAGACUACAGUGGGAGGAGAAGGAGCCUAGCGGGAGGUCAUCCAGAGCGGUGAAUGUGCUGUACGGAGUGGAGGAGACCUCCAUGACCAGAUCCAGGUCUCUCAACCACACUGAGGAGGAGUCAGAGAGAGACAUUCAGAUCAUCACUCCAGAUCUUCUGGGAGGUCAGAGGGGUCAGCACGAGGUCUCAAUUGAACCACAACCAAAUGAAGACACCGCCAAAAAGAUACUGUUCACUUACCUCAAUGAUGGGACUACUGAUAAAACCUCAAUCACUGAGAAGAAGGUGAACCUGGUGUUUGACAGAAUCAGCCAACUGAAGUGGAAGACUGCAGAGAACGUGGAGGAGGAGAUCAGGGAUUAUGCUGCGAAGGCCAAGGAGGCGAAGGAGCUUCAGAGGACAGGAGCAGAGCUGGAGAGAGAGGUGUCACAGCUGAAGACACAGCUGGAGCAUAAGAUCAUGAGUGGUCGGAGUCUGGCGGAGGUGUGUUACAAAGCCCAGACAGACAUGAAGACUAUUCAGGAGGAACUGGACAGGAGACAGGAAGAACUCUCUACGCUACGGGAUAGGCUGGCUCAGAUGGAGGCGGAGCUCGAGGUCGCCAUAGAGGAGCUAGUCCGGGUGAAGACUGAGAGAGAGCAGGGCCGUACAGAGAUGAAGGACCUUCAGCAGCAGCUGUCUGAGAUGCACGAUGAGCUGGACCAGGCUAAGAACACAACACAGGCAGACGGCACAGAGAAACAGCUCCUUCUAAAGGAUCUGGCCCAGCUGCGGUUGGACUUCCAGGGGCUCAUUCAGGUGCAGGAGGAGCAGGAGGAGGUGCUACACUGGAGGGAGAGGGAGCUGACUGCCCUGAAGGGAGCCCUGAACGAGGAGGUGGAGAGUCAUGACAAGGAGCUGGGCAUUAUGAAGGAGGUGCGCGACAAGGAGGUGCAGAAGCUCAGAGAGGAAGUUGAGGAGGUGAAAGAGAGUAACACAGUGCUGGGCCAGGAGAAGAGGGAGAUGGAGGAGGAGAGAGGGGAGGCACGGGGACAGGUGAAUCAGCUGAUGCAGGAGAGGGAGGAACUGAGGGGACAGGUGGAGGAACUGGAGAGUAGGGUGGAGCAGCUUAACCUCGUCAUCAAGGACUCCAAAUCCCUGCAGAGACAGCUGGUGAAAUGCAUAGAGCAACUCGGUGAGAGGGAGAAACGGCAGGUUGAGGAGACUCUAGAGGAGGUGAGGGAGAAGGAAGAGGAGAUGUCCCAGGCAAACAAAGCCCUUCUCGUACGUCUGGAGAAUGUACAGAGUGAGAUGACCCAGCUGAACCACCAGCACAGGGAGAUGAAGGAGAGGCUGAAGGAGGAGAUGAGAAGAACAGAGGAGUUGAAGAGGAUGAAGAGUGAUCUGGACGAGGAGAGGAGACUGCAGAACAGCACUGUGGAGGAACUGCAGAAGGAGAUGAGUACUAUAGUAGAGGGCUGUGAGGUGUCCACUGAGAAGCUCCAGCUCCAGGUUGAUGAAGUCAGAGAGAAGAGCCACUCCGCGCUGUCUGAGCUCCAACAACAGCUGCAGGAAAAGGGAGUGGAGUUGGAGAAAUCCCGACAGACUGCCAGAAAACUGCAGGAAGAGCUGCUUCCCCUGGAGCAGGGUCUGGAGCGGGGUCGUAGGGAGUGGGAGGAGGCCCAGCAGAGAGGCAGACAGCUGGAGAGGAAGGUGGAGGAGCUGGAGGAGAGGAAUGCACACGCCCACGAGGACCACGCCCGACAGGUCAAACUCAUGGAGGGUGAGGUGAGCCAUCUGGAGCGUGAUCUGAGUGAGGAGAGGAACAGUGCAGAUCUCCUGAUGGACAGAGUGGACCAAUGGAAACAACAGAUGGAGCUGAUAAGAGUUGAGCUUCUGCAGGAGAGUGCAGUCAAACAGGACCUGGAGUGUGAAAAGAUCACUCUGGAGAGACAGAAUAAGGAUCUGAAGAGCAGGGUGUCUCAUCUAGAGGGCUCCCAGAGGUCCAACCAGGAUGUUGUGGUCUCCAGGCUGGAGGGAAGGGUCCAGGAGCUGGAGGGGAGGCUGGAGGGAGAGGAAAGAGACAACAUCAACCUGCAACAAGCCAACAGGAAACUAGAGAGAAAAGUGAAGGAGAUGACGAUACAGGUGGACGAUGAGCACAUAUCUAUGCAGAACCAGAAUGACCAGUUGAACCAGAGGCUGAAGAGUGUGAAGAGACAGAUGGAUGGGGCUGAGGAGGAGAUAGAGCGACUGGAAAACUCUAAGAGGAAGUUACAGAGAGAUCUGGAUGAACGGAUAGAGACCAAUGACCAGGUCCUCAGCCAGCUCAACACCCUGCGAUCAGAGAUGAGGCGUAAGCAACAGAAAUCAGCACCGCUCCUGAAUGAUCCUUAAGGGUGUGGAUGAUGUCAACACUGACUGACUGACUUCUGGUACUCCUUGGUGACAUGUUGUAAUGCACUGACUACAGCGUGGUGGGGAAAAAUACAAGCAGUCAAGUCCGAUAUUUCCUGAUAUUUCUCACAAAGGGUUGGUAAAGCACUGUGAGGACUUGGGAAUGAAAAGUACGACAGAAGUUUCUCAUUAACGAUAUUUCACCUGUACAACUCAACUGUGGGCUCACCUGGUGACUUCAUAACCUUUUGCUCUAGACUGACCUCUAGUGGGUAUUCUAUAACUACAGAGUUCCAUGGAGUUCCAUAAGAAAGAUCACUAAUAAAAAAAGCAAUGUUUUUUU